AAUAUGGCCCCUUAACGGGCUAAAUUUAGUCAAUAAAUUGUUAAAGCUUAACGUGGCCCAGUAAAAUUGCCGCGAAGCUGAUUGUACAAAACGGCAACCGAAUAAAAACAAGCGGUGAAAACGUUUUCCCGCUACUGCAAUUUUCCCUCUAUUGUUUUUGUUUUUCUCAACCAUUUCCUCUUUCGAUAUCUCUUCAUAAGGCUAGUAUCGACCAUGAGAUUGAUUCUUCACCUCGCUUCGAUUCGAUCUCCAUCUCUCGAUUUCUUUUCCUCUUUUUCUCCUGACGUACAAUGCCUACCAUCGCUGGACCAAGUUUGUCACCUCACAAGCGUAUCGUCGCCGCCAGAUCGGAGAAUACCGGAUGUCCUAGAUCCGCCGAAGACAUCACUCCUCGAAAGCGAAAAUUGAGAUCCGAUUCCGCCGCGGCGGUUCCUACGCCGAUAAAACGGAAAUCUCCUCGACGAUGUGCGCUUAUGGCGGAGGUUGAGGAAGAACCUAAUGGAAUGCUGGAAACUCAAUUUGAUUGUUUAGAUGGUAAAUCGAAGUGGAACCCUAGAGAUGAUGAUCAAAUGAAAGCUGUAAAGGAGGCAUUGCACGUUUCUACGGCACCAUCAACUGUUGUUUGCCGUGAGGAUGAGCAAAGACGUGCUUUGGAGUUUGUAAAAGGUUGCAUGGAACAGAAUAAGGCUGGGAGUUUGUACAUAUGUGGCUGCCCUGGAACUGGGAAGUCGUUGUCAAUGGAGAAACUAAGACUACAAGCUGAAGACUGGGCAAAACAGGAAGGCCUGCCUUGCUUGGAAACAGUUUCUGUUAAUUGCACGUCAUUGACCAAAACAACAGAUAUAUUCUCCAAGGUACUUGGUGAAAACGAGACUGGGAAGAAAGCUAUUGGCUCCUCUACACCUCUAGAGCAACUUCAGAUUUUGUUUUCUCAAAAGCAACAAUCAUCCAGCUCAAAGAUGAUGCUAAUAAUUGCAGAUGAGAUGGACUACUUGAUCACAAGAGAUCGAAGGGUCCUUCAUGAGCUUUUUAUGCUCACAACUUUGCCAUUGUCAAGAUGUAUACUUAUAGGUGUAGCAAAUGCAAUAGACCUCGCAGAUCGUUUCCUUCCAAAAUUGAAGUCUCUUAAUUGCAAACCUUUGGUUGUCACUUUCCGUGCCUAUUCUAUGCAGCAGAUCGUAAGGAUACUUCAGGAGAGGCUUGUGGAGCUUCCAUAUGUUGCAUUUCAACCAAAAGCCUUGGAGCUUUGUGCCAGAAAAGUUUCAGCUGCAUCAGGAGAUAUGAGAAAGGCUCUAUCUGUCUGCAGGAGUGCCUUAGAAAUUUUAGAAACAGAAGUUAAAGGUUCAACAGAUGAAGAACCACAAAUUCCAGUUCCAGAGGAUCAAAUGGUCAAGAUGGAUCAUAUGGUAGCUGCACUGGCUAAGACGUUUAAAUCGCCAGUAGUUGACACCAUACAAUCUCUUCCUCAACACCAGCAAAUCAUAGUCUGUUCUGCUGCAAAGGCCUUUAGAGGAAGCAAAAAGGACAGAACCACUGCAGAGUUAAAUAACUUAUACAUGGAGAUCUGUAAAUCUUCGAUGAUCACUCCAGCUGGAAUAACAGAGUUCACUAACAUGUGUACAGUGCUAAAUGACCAGGGGAUUUUGAAACUCAGUCAAGCUCGGAACGAUAAGUUAAAGAGAGUGAGCCUGAGAGUAGAUGAAGCAGACAUCACAUUUGCUCUCAAGGAAAUACGAUUCUUCCGCAACUGUCUUCUGUGAUGAAGUCAUUGAGGAUGUGUUUCUUCAUUCUUUCCUUACAGAGUACAAAGAGUAAAAAUCUCAGUAUUCAUAUAAAAUUGUUUUCUCUAUGUUAUGUAAAUAAACAUAAACAAAAUCUACCUUUAAUCAAUUUAGUACAUUUUUAAUUAA